GGGACUCGGAGAGGGACUGGGGGCACUGGAAAGGAACGGGAGAGGGUUUGGGGGCACGGGGAAGGUCUGGAACGGGGAUUGUGGGCACUGGGAGGGCGAGUCAAGAGGCUGGGGAGACUGGGAAAGAGGAUGAAGGCAUACUGGGAAGGACUGGGAGGCACAGAGGGAACUGGGCUGCACAGGGAAGGAAGGACUGGCAUGGGACUGGGGAGCACUGGGAGAGGCACUGGAGGAGGCACUGGGAGGCACUGGCAGCACUGAUGCCCUGUCCCCUCCUCGCAGGCCCUGGAGCCCCCCCUGAGCCCGUGGCCGCCACCAGCUUUGUGGGCCCUGAACCCCGGGACCUGCUGCCCACUGGUGAGGAGCUGGGGAGUCCCAGCAGUGCUGGGAGGGAACUGGGCUACAGCCUGGCCUGGCCGCAGGACCCCAUCCCAUUCACAGUGGAGCUGCCGCGGGGCCCAGGGGGUUUCGGGUUCAGCCUCCGGGGGGGCCCCGCCGGGGUUUUCGUGCGGGGGCUGCGUGAGGGGGGCCCGGCCCAGCGCUGCGGCUGCAUCCAGGUACGGGGGAUUUGCGGGGCUCUGGGG